AUGAUUCGGCAUUUUGCUAGGCAAGCACUAUGUGCGUACCGCAACCUAGCAGUGAAGGGAAGGGAGUGUUCAAGUGUACCGUCUCGCCAUGCAGCUUUCUCUACUGAAAGUGGGGUCAGCAUACGCGCAUUGCUCGAAAACAAUCUCCGCCCCUUCAAAACCUCAGAAGUCCUCAAACCUGCCGAUUCAAGCGUUGAUGCACGAGAAGAUCUCUUAGCCAAGAUGCUUCUCAGUUCACAAUUAAGCAGAACUCAUGGCGAGUUGCAAGAGUGGAACGAUGUGCGAAAUCGAUUGGAAGUUGGUUUCAAAGGAGAAUCUCCGACUACAAACUCAGGCGCGGUUCAACAUCCAAAGAGUUACAAACCGAAGAUCUUGUCACGAAUUGAUAUGGAUGAGAACUAUAGAGCAUUUGCUGCGAGUGGUAUGUCUGCGGUUGCGUGGGACCCUCAGACAGAUUUAUCUGAUGUAUUCCUGAGUCCCGAAGAGAGGGAAAAGGCCUAUGAAUUAUUCAAAUUUGCUUGUCAAGGACAAGGGUUCUUGGAUGAGAGUGUCAGGAGCCAUGUUUUCAAUUUGUUCAUGUAUGGGGAACUUGCUCGGCUAGCCAAUACUAAUCAUCUAUUCAUUACUGAAACGCUCAUUUCACUUGUCACAAUACUCCACUGGUAUUCCUUCAAAUCCACAUAUUCCACUUUUAUGAUUGCGCUUCACAAUAUGAAGUCUUCAAGUGCUCGUAGACGUUUGAUCGGCCACAUUCAAAAGUCCAGAUUGAAUUCUGAAUUAGAUUCAAUACAUCAGACAUUAGCCAAAGAGGAUCUGUUGAGCAGAAAAAUUGGACAUCAGUAUUUACUCGAAAAUGCCAACGUCUUUGACGAGGAAAGCUCCAGAUUUAUUUUGGCAUUUUUGUUGGAUGUUAGCCCGAAUCUAGCUGUGGACUAUUUCAACAAAAGAUAUGUUUUUGGUCCAAGGUCACCCAAACUGGAUAACUCGACCGUUGAAGUCUUUGUGGAGUUUUUCGUUCCAAGAAAGAGAUACAAGGAACUCUUCAAUGUCUUCUUUUUCAUUGAAAGAAAUCUAGGACUUCGUGUGAAGUACCAUCUACUGCAUACUCUUAUGGGAAUGACAACGAACUGGUCUUCGUUUCCUGACCAACGGAUGACAGAACCUUUAUUGCUUUAUUAUCACUAUCUUCGGAACAGACGAGGAUUCAAAAUACCCAAGUCGCUUGAUGUCAGGAUUAACGAGAGAUUGAAAGCGGGCGGAGGAUACGAUAAAACUCGCGCUUUAAAGCUUAUCAAAAAUGUCGCUAAAUCGAACUCUUACCGCUUGACAAUUUAG